AUGCUGGGCUUCGUCAUUGGCUGGAUACGGCGGCACCAUGUUACGCUGGGCCUGCUCCAUACGCUGAUUUUCAUAGUCACGACCGUGCUGGAUUUCCAGCUGACUUUUCACUCCUGCGAUCUGUCCUACUGGACUGAGAUGGCCAGUAGGCCGAUGACUGAGCAGUUCCUGCUGCCAAUGCUCAUUGCCAUUAGCGCCAAGUUAACGGUGCUGUUUUGCAUCGCUUUUGAGCACCUGGCGCCCCAUCAGUGGGUCAUCAGGCUGUUGAAGCGUAAUGCGCGUCGGCGGUUUGCCAACUUUAUUGUGCGCCGCCUGGUAAUGCAGCUGGACCAGGCCAGCGCGCUGCUGCCCAAGUCGCGGAACGGAAGCCUCGACCUGUCAGACCCGCUCACCCAACAGAGCUACGUGGAGGCUCGAACGGCCCACUACAGGGCCAUGGAUCUCUUUCGGCGCGAUGCCGAUGCGUUGCUGGUGGAACGGCUGCCGACCAAUGGGAAUCCGCACAUCUUUGUGCUGCAGGAGGAGGAGGAUCUGCUCGCCAGGGCCGGCUACUCCAGCAUCGGUCUGCAGGUCUCGGAACACGUGCUUCAAGACCUGCUCGGGCCUCAGGGAGGAGGCAAGCAAAAGCGACCAUGGGAAGAGAAAUUUUAG